CCUGCGGUAAUUCCGCCUUUUACCGCCGACAUAACAACUCCCUACCUUGGCUGACUGUCGCCAAAAUAGGUUUUACAUCCUCCUCAACAGCGAGAGUAAAUACUUUUUUUUUAAGGGUUUUGUUGAGCAGGCAGCGCCAAAAUGGGAGAAAUGACGGAGCAAAAUAACUUGUCUGAAGUUAUUACUCGGAUAUUUAAAGAAGCGCCAGCUGCCAGGAAGGAUCUUGUUGAUAACCACAGCAACCUCCUGCGCGUCGCAGAUUACUGCGAGAACAAUUUUCUCCAGGCAGAGGAUUCAACCAAGGCUGUUGAGGAGGCCAAGGGCUUGGCUGCCCAGGCUCUGGCCAGUGUGUCCUACCAGAUCAACAGUCUGGCCAGCACCCUGCUGAGGCUGCUGGACUCCCAGUUCAUGCAGAUCAGUGACAUGGAGUCCUCAGUCAACUUGCUGUCACUGGCUGCUGCUAUCCACUACGAGACGGUUGCCAGGAGAGAGAUCGGUGCUUUUACUACUCCCAAAAACAGGAGCCGCUCCAAGCUUAUGACCCCACCGACUUCAGGCAAGGAGGCAGCGAGCAGCUACACAAGAGUGCCACUGUCGUUCUCCAUCUUGGACUUCACUGGCCACUGUUUUGAGAUCGCUGAGCAGCCCAGAAAGAGAACAGAGAGCACACUCACUACUGCAGAAUACUCUGUAUCCAGUCUGGGCAUUGCUGUGCCUCCACCAUCAGUCCCCACCUUGCGAACCGCCUCCGACCCCAUCAACGGCAGCCCGCCUCCCCCACCUCCUCCUACUGCUGAUUUGGACCCCAAUAUGCCCACUCCCCCUCCACCACCACCACCACCUCCCUCUUCCUCCAUGGACACUGGCCUCCCCCCACCACCGCCGCCGCCCUUCUCCACCUCACCCACAUGUCUCCCCCCGCCUCCCCCUCCACCGCCAAGCUGUCCAUCAAACGGCUCCUACCCGCCUCCACCUCCUCCUGUAGCAGGAGCUGCAUCCCCUCCACCUCCUCCACCACCACCCCUUCACACUGGCACCUCUGGUAUGGUGCCGCCACCCCCUCCCCCUCCCCCUCUCCUACGCUAA